GAAUCUCGCAGACUGCGGUUUUAUGAUACCACUUUCAUGUUCGUCUCAGGUCCCAGAAUAGACAAUCAAUAUGCUAUUUUCAUUUCUUACGCGUCGCUCGAAAUCCAAGACAGCCAGUGUGGAAAUCGAAGUAGACGAACGCUCGACUCCGAAUGAGGGAUCAUCUCACGAUGAAAAAUCCCGCCCAGCCACGACCGGUUCCCCGGUUCCCCUUAGUCUUCCCCCGUCCCGCCACUCGCUCGAUCCUAAUCUACCUGAUUCAUUUCCCAUCCAAUCAAUGACGUCCCGUACAGCCAUUUCGCCAGACCUCGAUCCCGAGAAAGAUUUGGAAAUACCUAUUGAUAUCUCGUUGAACUCACCGUAUCCGCAAGUUCGCGCUGCGGUGCGUAAUACAGACGAUGAAUCGCUCCCAUGUAACACGAUUCGAGCAUGGUGUAUUGGGCUCGCGCUAACGACGGUGGGAGGGGGGAUCAACUGUCUAUUCAGUUUGAGAAGUCCAAGUAUUGCCAUUACGACUGUUUGCGUCCAGCUAAUUGCCUGGCCCCUAGGCAAAGGCUGGGAUCUCAUAGUGCCGGACUGGAGCUGGGAGUUUCGUGUCCCGUUCUGCGGGACGAGCAUGUGCAGGAUUCGCUUGAAAGAGGGGAAGUGGAAUAUGAAGGAACAUGCGAUUGUGGUUGUGAUGGCGAAUGCCGGGUAUGCGGGUGCGUCGAUAUAUGCUACUGACAUACUAAUUUCGCAGCAGGUUUUUUAUGGCCAGAGUUUUGGAUGGGCGUUUCAACUCCUCUUUGCGGUUACGAAUCAAAUGUUGGGGUUUGGACUUGCGGGUAUUUGUAGGAGGUGGUUGGUUUGGCCUGCGGCGAUGAUUUGGCCAAGUGAUUUGGUUAAUUGUGCGCUGAUGUAUGCUCUACAUGAUCAUAGUCCCUCCGAUCCAGCGAGAACAAACGGUUGGAGUAUAUCGAAAUAUAGAUGGUUUGUGUAUAUCAUGAGUGGUUCAUUCGUAUGGUAUUUCUUCCCUGGCUGGAUCUUCCGAGGUCUUUCAUACUUUACCUUUGCAUGCUGGAUUGCACCGAGAAACCCAGUUGUCAACCAGCUAUUUGGUGGUGUGACGGGUCUGGGGUUAAUUCCUAUUACGUUUGAUUGGACUGUCGUGAGUGGAUAUUUGUAUUCGCCUCUGAUACCCCCCUGGUAUGCCAUCGCCAAUACUCUAAUCGGUCUUUUAAUCUUCGUCAUCAUCAGCUCGCUAGGUGUCCACUAUACAGGAACGUGGUAUGCGGAUUAUCUUCCCAUGAGCGAUUCGCACAGUUAUGAUAAUAUGGCAAAGAAAUAUAAUGUCAGUCGAAUCCUCACUGCAAACUAUGAAUUUGGUGAGGAAUUGUACGAGAAAUACUCGCCGAUUUUUUUGUCGACGGGGUUUGCGUUGAACUAUGGAUUCUCAUUUGCAGCUAUCAGUAGUGUCAUUGUUCACACAAUUUUAUACGAGGGCAGAACCAUUUGGAGACAAUGGAAAUUUGCUCGAGAUCAAGAUUAUGACAUACACAUGAAACUUAUGAAGAAGUAUAAAGAUGCGCCGGAUUGGUGGUAUAUCACACUCGGAGCUGUCAUGCUCGCACUGUCAUUCGUGGUCAUCCUCGUCUGGGACACCCAUUUCCCAUGGUGGGCUUUCAUUGUUUGUGUUGCUAUCCCUGUCAUCUGGACAGUACCUGUUGGCAUCAUAUUUGCAACGACCAACAUCCAAAUUGGACUUAAUGUCUUUACCGAGUUUGUCAUUGGGUACAUGUUACCUGGCCGCCCAGUGGCUUUGAUGCUAUUUAAGGCUUAUGGCUACAUAACGAUGACCCAAGCACAGUUUUUUCUCCAAGAUUUGAAACUAGGACAUUACCUUAAAGUCCCUCCCAGAACAAUGUUUUCCGCCCAGUGUGUAGCUGCUUUCUGGUCAUCAAUCGUGCAGAUUGCCGUAAUGAAUUGGGCACUUUCUCAUAUUCCCGAAAUCUGCACUCACACCCAAAAAGAUUCCUACACAUGUCCAGGCCCCUCAAUGUACUUCACCACCAGUAUAAUUUGGGGCGUCAUCGGCCCCUCGCGUAUUUUUUCCGCACCGGAGUCUCUUUAUAAACCUUUACUCUAUUAUUUUCUAAUCGGUGCUUUGCUUCCAAUCUUGACAUACUUUCUAAGCCGAGCGUACCCUCGCUCUUCGUUUAAAUACCUUAUUGUUCCUGUCAUAUUUGGAGGUUUGCAACUGAUACCUCCAGCCACUGGCUAUAAUUAUAUGUGUUGGGGCUUAGUGGGAUUUGUGUUCCAGUAUUGGAUUAGGAGAAGGUGGAGGGGGUGGUGGGAAGGUUAUAACUACAUAACUUCCGCCGCUCUAGACACCGGUCUAAUUCUCUGUACUCUUUUCAUUUUCUUCACGUUAGAACUUACUAACGCUAAACCACCUCAAUGGUUUGGAAAUGUAGAUGUAUUCGAGACAAUGGAUAUGCAGGGUACCGCAGUUCGAAAAGUACUUGCCGAAGGGGAAACUUUUGGGCCAGAGACUUGGUCUUAAAUAUGACGAUAGUUUAAAGGUAGAAUAGGUCAAUGAAUAAGGGAAGAUAAGUUAUGAGGCAACGAGAAAAAGAUUCUUUUCUAGCAGAACUUCAGACCAAUGCACCUUGGAUGAACUUUACACCAUAGAAUUGCUUUGUUGCAUAUUGACGACCUUCAAAAAGAACAGAAUGAAAUGGCAAAAAAAUGCUCAAUCUACCGGUAACGCGGCCGUGGAAUCAACAGAAAAACCAGACACGAGCUGGUUGUGCUAAUGGUGAUCUCCCAUUGCCA